GGAAUCACUAGGGAUAUGGUGGAGAGAGCAAGAGAGCCUGCACACUUUAGACUGGUGAUCCUAGACGGGAAGGUUUAUGUAGAAAAGAUUAAGGAAUCAAUGCCGACCAGAGAAUCAUUCACUAUGUGGGGUAUUUUGCAGCUUCUGAGGCAGUACCCCGGAAGACUGCCUGAUCUUGAAUUGAUGUUUGACUGUGACGAUCGGCCGGUCAUCCCAUCCAAGGACUAUCGUGGACCCAAUGCUGGUCCUCCAGCUUUGUUCCGGUAUUGCUCCGAUUCACAGAAUCUGGAUAUUGUCUUCCCAGAUUGGACGUUUUGGGGCUGGCCUGAGACGAAUAUAAGGCCAUGGAGAAAUAUUCAAAAGGACAUUAAAGAAGGGAACAAGAAAAUCAGAUGGAAGGAUAGAGAACCCUAUGCUUAUUGGAGAGGAAACCCGCAUGUGGCUCCUUGGCGGGGCGAGCUUAUGACGUGCAACGUUACGGACAAGGAUGAUUGGAAUACUCGCUUAUUUUUACAGAACUGGGAGGAAGAGGCAAGAACAGGAUUCAACCAUUCAAAUGUUGCAGAACAAUGCACCUAUAGAUACAAAAUCUACAUCGAAGGAUAUGGAUGGUCAGUGAGCGAAAAGUACAUUUUUGCAUGCGACUCUGCAGUCUUGCUGAUGACUCCUCGUUUCCAUGACUUCUUCAUAAGAGGCAUGCUGCCACAGCGACAUUAUUGGCCCGUAAAGGACAAUGACAAAUGUAGAUCUCUCAAGUUUGCGGUUGAGUACGGAAACAAUCAUACAGAAAAGGCAGAGGCCAUUGGAGCAGCAGGGAGCCGCUUUAUCCAUGAGGGUAUGAAGAUGGAAUAUGUUUAUGACUACAUAUUCCACUUACUAAAUGAAUAUGGCAAGCUUUUGAAGUUUAAACCUACCAUUCCUCCAAAUGCGAUUGAACUUUGUCCAGAAUCCAUGGCAUGUCCUGCAGAUCAAAAUUGGAGAAGGUUCAUGGAAGAAUCUUUAGUAACAUCUCCUAGCCAUACGAUUCCAUGCACAUUGCCUCCACCUUACGACCUUGAAGCCCUUAAAGCUUUCAAUGAUCUGAAGUUUAAGUUAACCAAGGAAGCGGAGAAGUGGGAAACUGAAUACUGGGAAAAACUAAUCAAGAAUGAAUAAGGCCUUCUCAUUAGUCUGUCGGUUUCCUUACUAAUUUUUUGUUAGUUUCGAUCUUUAUACGUACACUCA